GCCGCCGAGGAGGGGCCUCGCCGCCCCGGGCCCCACCUUUGUCGGGGUGGCCGGGGGUGGCGUCGGUGCUGCGGCGGGGGCCGGGGCAGCGCGGAAGAGCCCGCCCGGCGCGGGAGGCAGAUGGGCCGGGAUGCAGCCGCAGCCCUCGCCGUGAGAACAAGGGGCCUCGCCGCCGCCUUACCCGGAGCGUGAGGCAGCGAGGAGUGGCGGCCAGAGGACAGAGACCUUUGCCGGGAUGGGACGCGCCGCCGCCGUGAGCCCCUAGCUCGCUCUCCGUGCCCCGGCCAGCCCUCUGGGCCCGCGCUGACUGACACCGCUGUGGGCGCGUCUGGAUAUGUUCCCUUCCCAACCGGGCGCUUUCUUCGAUGUCGUGAAGCUGCGUGGGAAAUAGCCCGGUUCCCAGCGGGGUCGGGAGCGUGCCGCCGUCCUCCCCGGCGGGGGAGAUGCCUCGGGGCUGGGAGGCAGAGCCAGGCGCUUCCCCCGUGUCCGCUGAGCGCUGCCGGCUCCCGAGGCAUGAAGGCAGGCGGCUGUAAUGGAGUAAGAGCGAAGACGGCUCCUCUCAUCUGCCAUUUGCCCUUUCAGACGGGAUUGUAAACCGAGAGAGUUAAGGAAGGCUGUGCGAAAGCAGGAGGAUUUUUCUCUCUUCGGGGUUUGGGGUUUUUUUUAUCCCCUUUUUUUUUUCUCCUGCCGGCUCGAACCGUGGCUUGCCCAGGUAUGCCUGCCUCACUGCAGCACCUUGUGCUGGUGCUCCUGCUCUCCAGUGCCACCCUGCUGCUCGGCACUGCGGCUGCUACACAGAGUGAAGAGCGGCUGUGUGCGUUUAAAGACCCAUAUCAGCAGGACCAUGGAAUCAGUGAGAGCCGAAUCUCCCAGGAGAAUGGCACAAUUUUGUGCAUGAAAGGUAGUACCUGCUAUGGACUUUGGGAAAAAACACGAGAAGGAGACAUACAUCUUGUAAAACAAGGUUGCUGGUCUCAUAUAGGAGACCCACAGGAGUGUCACUUUGAAGAGUGUAUAGUUACAACCACCCCUUCCUUGAUUCAGAAUGGAACAUACCGCUUCUGCUGCUGUAGUACAGACUUGUGUAAUGUCAACUUCACAGAAAACUUCCCUCCUCCUGACCCUACUGAUACAACACCUUACAAUUCUUCUCAUUCUUUUCAUCGAGAUGAGACCAUCGUUAUUGCCCUGGCAUCUGUGUCUGUACUGGCUGUUCUCAUAGCUGCUCUAUUCUUUGGAUACAGGAUGCUUGCAGGAGACCGUAAACAAGGUUUGCACAGUAUGAACAUGAUGGAGGCAGCAGCAUCAGAGCCCUCAUUGGAUCUGGAUAAUCUAAAGUUGUUAGAGUUGAUUGGCCGGGGACGAUACGGAGCAGUGUAUAAAGGUUCCCUAGAUGAACGUCCAGUUGCUGUGAAAGUAUUUUCUUUUGCUAAUCGUCAGAACUUUGUCAAUGAGAGGAACAUUUACAGGAUUCCACUGAUGGAACACGAUAACAUCGCCCGCUUCAUUGUGGGGGAUGAGAGAUUCACUGCAGACGGCCGGAUGGAAUAUUUAUUAGUGAUGGAAUAUUACCCCAAUGGUUCUUUGUGCAAAUAUUUGAGUCUCCACACAAGUGACUGGGUGAGCUCUUGUCGUUUGGCUCACUCUAUAACUCGGGGCUUGGCGUACCUGCACACGGAGCUGCCUCGAGGAGACCAUUACAAGCCUGCAAUAUCCCAUCGUGACCUGAACAGCCGCAAUGUGCUGGUAAAGAACGAUGGAACGUGUGUAAUCAGUGAUUUUGGACUCUCCAUGAAGUUAACUGGCAACAGACUGGUACGACCAGGUGAGGAAGACAACGCAGCCAUUAGUGAGGUGGGUACGAUCCGCUAUAUGGCCCCAGAAGUGCUUGAAGGAGCAGUGAACUUGAGGGACUGUGAAUCUGCGUUGAAACAAGUAGAUAUGUAUGCGCUGGGCCUGAUCUACUGGGAGAUAUUCAUGAGAUGUACAGACCUCUUCCCAGGGGAAUCUGUGCCAGAGUACCAGAUGGCUUUCCAGACUGAAGUCGGAAACCAUCCCACUUUUGAAGAUAUGCAAGUCUUGGUGUCUAGAGAGAAGCAAAGACCAAAAUUCCCAGAAGCAUGGAAGGAGAACAGCCUGGCUGUGAGGUCACUUAAAGAAACAAUUGAAGACUGUUGGGAUCAAGAUGCGGAAGCUCGACUAACAGCACAGUGUGCUGAGGAGAGAAUGGCAGAGCUCAUGAUGAUUUGGGAGAGAAAUAAAUCAGUUAGUCCAACAGUCAAUCCUAUGUCAACUGCCAUGCAAAAUGAGAGGAAUCUGUCGCAUCACAGACGUGUAUCAAAGAUAAGGCCAUAUCCAGAUUAUUCUUCCUCUUCCUACAUUGAAGAUUCAAUCCACCAUACUGACAGCAUAGUAAAGAACAUUUCUUCUGAACAUUCAAUGUCCACUACACCACUGACUUCAGGAGAAAAGAACAGAAAUUCCAUUAACUACGAGCGGCAACAAGCACAAGCUCGCAUCCCUAGUCCCGAGACAAGUGUCACCAGUUUGUCCACCACCAACACAACUGGCCUCACUCCCAGCACUGGCAUGACCACCAUAUCUGAAAUGCCUUAUUCGGAUGAAACAAACUUACACACUACAAAUGUCAUGCAGCCAGGUGGGCCCACCCCUGUUUGUCUGCAGCUAACAGAGGAGGACUUGGAGACAAAUAAAUUGGAUCCAAAAGAAGUGGAUAAGAACCUGAAAGAAAGCUCUGAUGAGAAUCUGAUGGAACAUUCACUUAAGCAGUUUAGUGGGCCAGAUCCGCUAAGCAGCACUAGUUCCAGCUUGCUUUAUCCACUGAUAAAACUUGCAGUAGAGGUGACAGGGCAACAGGACUUCACACAAGCUACCAAUGGUCAGGCGUGUUUGAUUCCCGAUGUCCCAUCUGCUCAGGUCUAUCCUCUACCUAAGCAACAGAACCUUCCAAAGAGGCCUACUAGCCUCCCUCUAAACACCAAAAAUUCCACUAAGGAGCCACGGUUAAAAUUUGGUGGCAAGCACAAAUCAAACUUGAAGCAAGUGGAAACAGGCGUUGCCAAGAUGAACACUAUCAAUGCUGCAGAGCCUCAUGUCGUGACAGUUACCAUGAAUGGAGUGGCUGGGAGGAGCCACGGCAUAAACUCUCACGCUGGCACAACCCAGUAUGCCAAUGGCACGGUGCCCUCUGGCCAGACCAGCAGCUCGGUAGCGCAGAGGGCCCAGGAAAUGCUUCAGAACCAGUUCAGUGGGGAGGACAGUCGGCUGAACAUCAACUCCAGUCCCGACGAGCACGAGCCCUUGCUGAGGCGGGAGCAGCAGGUUGGCCACGAUGAAGGUGUUCUGGACCGCCUGGUAGACAGGAGGGAGCGGCCACUGGAUAACGGGCGAACGAACGCCAACAACAACAACAGCAAUCCCUGUCCAGAGACAGCUGCAGCCAGUAUCCAGAAUGUAGUGAGAAAUCCUGGGCACACCCAGACCAGAAGAGCACAGAGGCCUAAUUCACUGGAUCUGUCAGCCACAAGUAGUUUGGAUAGCAGUAGUAUGCAGUUAGGUGACUCCUCACAGGAUGGCAAAUCAGGCUCAGGAGAGAAGAUCAAGAAACGUGUGAAAACUCCGUACUCGCUCAAGCGGUGGCGUCCGUCCACGUGGGUCAUCUCCACAGAGCCGCUGCACUGCGAGGUCAACAACAACGGCAGUGAGCAGGCAGUGCCCCCCAAAUCCAGCACUGCUGUGUACCUUGCAGAGGGGGGCACUGCCACCACUAUGGUCUCUAAGGACGCAGGGGUGAACUGCCUGUGAAAUGCUUCAAAAGCCGGCAAAUGACCUUUGUUUUGCAUUAUUUGAAACAAACAUGCAGAAGACAUUUUAAAAAACUGCUUUCUCCUCCUGUCAGCAACCCCUACCAAGGACUCGCUUUAAAUAGAUUUCAGCUAUGCAGAAAAUUUUUAGCUUAUGCUUCCAUAUUUUUUUAUUUUGUUUUAUUUUUUGAACGUUUUUGCACUUUUAUUUAGUAUCGCUAAAGUUAAGUCUGUCUGUUUUGACCACGGAAUAUAUAUAUGUGUAUCAAAGAUGUGGUCUCAAAAUAUUUUUUUAAAAAAAAGUAACAAAAAAAAGUAUUGCUGAUAAUCAGUUUGGACCAGUUUCUUAAGGUCACUAAGAACAUAAGCAGACUAUAAGACAGGUUUGACUGCAGUGGUGUCUUGUAACCAUGUUUUAAUUUCUGUGCACAAGCUAGUCUGUAUAUUUCUAUGUUACAAAGUGUAUUCUCUUUUGAACCCCUUAUUUUCCUUGUGUCAUGUUGAAAUGUGCAAUAGUCUAUAGUUCACAGUAGGCUUUAUUGAAAAGUGUGUUUCUGAAACUGCCACAUGUUCCCGUUUUCGUAUUUGUUAAUUUUUCCUUGACAGUUGAGCAGUCAGCCGGUCAUGACAGUGAACUUUGCACAUCGUAGCCAGCUUGAAGCAGCUGCCAAUAUCACAUUGUGCUCAGAAGUGACAAUGCAUGAAUUUUCCCCAACUUGAAAGGGCUUUAAAAAAGGAACAAAAAAAAAAAAAUCUGAGCUCUGUACCUUUCUUUUGAUCCUCCCUAAUCAAAAUGUGUUUCCUUUAUAGUAGUAGAUGCCAGCCUGUGAAGUUGAGUAACAAAAUGUUGAACAAAUGUAAGGAAACAGUGUCAGCCAUUUUUCCCAUUUUAUUUUGUGUGCAGUUUCACCCCCUGUAUUUAUGUAAAACCUUAUUUAGAUCACUUAUGAUGUACAUUGAAAAAUACAUUUUAUUCAGAAAUAUUAAUAAUUGUCAUACUUAAAAGUUUGAGUGGAGAUAGGUUGUGAACGUAUUUUGUUUACACAGAGAAAAAAAAACAUUAAUCUUACUUGGCACAAAAGAGUUUUGUGAUGAGUCACAAGUCUUUCCUGAUUUACCUCCUUACAGACAGUAUGGGGUAAUAAUGAGCCUGAUUGCUUAUGCAGGUAGGUGCAUCCUAAUUGAUGGUUGUUGCCAGGUUGAGCUGAAACUCAUCCUCCCUUCAGAGUUCUUAGAGGCCCUCAUUCAUCUUGUUAAAGUUUAUUGCAUGCUUUUAAAAUUCAUGGGUGUUUGUAGGGGGGGGUUGGGGAUUUUUUUUUUCCUUCUGCUUAGUCCCUUCUUUCAGUUUGUAUGCACAUUGAUUUUAGCUGUCAGUGAACGUGGGUGUAAUAUGUAUUGAGAUAAAUUGUUUUUUCACUAUCUCAAGUAAACCCUUCCUUUUUUUGGAAUGAUUGGUUUUACUGCAUACUGAAAGAAAAUAAUUUUCUUAUUAGUUAGAACCUCCUUCCACCUAAGAAAUAGGCUUCCAACUCAGAAGCAUUCUUUCCAAUUGAAAACAUUUCAGUAAAAACUAUUUGGAUAUAAAAAGGUGUAACACAUCAGUCUUUGGUAACAAGAAAAGAUUUAUCACUUCAUCUGAAAACUGGUGAUGUUCAAAGAAAAAAAAUCUAUUCAGCCAGCCUGCCAGACUCCUGUGGCAGGAUACUGGCAGCAAACAAUUGCCUCCCCCAGCCUGUCUCCUUUCAGCUGACUGUAGCAGAUGCUCUCUGCUUUUAAGCUCAUUUGUUUCCUUGCCGUUUUUCCAUUUUUUCCCCCUGAGAUAAACUUUGCCAACCCUGUCCUUCUCUAUCUGUUGAUACAACUAAUCUAAUACAUGCCUUGCUUACAUCUGAUUCUUGCUGAUCCCCAAAAUUCCUUGCUUUUUCUUGAUUGCUGUGAUUUUCUCUUGUAACGCUUCCUAACAUUUCUUAGAUUCUCCUAGACAUCUCCAGGAGAUAGCACUAUAGAUGCAGGCUUUGAUUAAGUGUAGUUGUAGAAGUACAAGCCACGAGGCACAUUUUGAGCUCCUUAUGUUCUUUAAGCACCAGUUCAAAUAGUAUCUCUCAGUCUCUGAGGCAUAAUUAUGCUUUCCCCCUGUAUAAUACAGUUAUAUCACCCUUUUCAAAAACACAGCCUUCUUCUGGAUUGACUUUUAAUUCACUCUCUGGCUUCCCAUCUGCUGCAGUCUCACGUCCCAGAUGUUGAAAACCUGCCAGUUGCUCAGCUGGGUUUCAAGACCUGAAUCAGAAUUUCUGGCAUUCUAUUCAUGUUGCUCACUGUGGCUCUCUUCUCCUCUGGCCUCCUGUGAGUCUCCGUCUGGAUUGCGCUGUGUUGUUUUUUGGUGAGCACUGAUCGUGGUGUUGAGGAUUCUUCAAUCCUUUCCCAAUGACUUUUCUUUGCCUUGCAUGUAUCAUCCAUCAGCAUUUCAGAAUGUGGGCUGAAAACAAUCUUUAGGACUCUUACUAACUCAGACUACUCUGGGGAGAGAAAAAUUACUUCUCUGACUGCUGCUUUUUUCUGCUGAGACAGAACUGCACCAGUCUUUUAGCCUUUCUUUGCAGGCCAUGCCUUUGUAAGAAAUCCAACUGUUUUGUGAUCAAUGCAAUCAAAAUAACUUUAAUACCAGAUGAAGAUGUCGUUCUGCAGUUCUCCUUCAACAUUCUUAAAGAAUAUUUUUUUUCUUUCCUUUGUCGAUUUCUAUUACUUGUUGGAGAGCCUUUGGAAUUAAUUCUAAUUAGUAGCAAGAUUGGCUGUGUAAUCUACCAUGGAUAAAUAUAAUUUUUAACAUGAUAGAAAAAUGUACUUUAUCAUGAAAUACCCUAUAGAUUAAAGAGAUAAAAUCUAUUCUUUUUUAAAGGUCAGUCAAAGCAAACUCUGAAGUAGGUACCAAAAUACUGUAAUUCUGCACAGCUAGAUUAAAUCAGAUGAGAAGUUUGAUUUUAAUGUUUAAUUUAGAAAUGCCAUUUUUUUCCUCAUAGCACAUAAUCCAUUGUCCACAGAAUACUAUCUCUGUAAGUUAAAUGAUAUUAAAUUUUCGUGCUGCAGGGGAUCAUCCUUAACCAAACAAAAUACAUGUAAGAGAAAGAAUUCUUCAAAUCAAACACAGGGAUAGUUGAUAUUGUACAGCAAACAAGGAAAACAAAUGUGAUUUAUUGCCUUGUGAGUUAUGAUUUUGCUUAUUUUCUUUCAUUUUUAAAAAAAGGAAAAUUAUGAAAGUUGAUAAUUUUCUAUCAAUUUCUCAUGUAUAUUGUGGACAAGAUAAAUAUAGCAAAAUUAAAAUAGAAUGGUAGUGUAAAUACCUAUUAAUUGUGCCACUGUCAAAUAGGCAAUAGUAGAAUAUUUGUUAUGGUAAUUUAUAAUGGAUAAUUCAAGUAAAAUGAUAGAGCAAACAGUUAUGAUGUUUGUCUGUGUAAGACAAAAUCAAAAAUCUUGCUGGGUAUAGAAAAUGGCUUACCAGUAGAAGCCAGGAGAGUUGCUUAGGUUAAUGCAUUGUCUCUUGUUCUGUUUCCUGUAAUGGAGAUACCAACAUAACAUGGUUUUUAGACUGUGAAUUCUAACCCUUUGAACAGACAUGCCUCAUAGUCUUCUAAAAUUGGUAUUUACAGGUCAGAUUAUCUGCAACACUUCCCUGAAUUUGCUUAUAAUGCUUUUACAGCUUCAUAUGUUACCCAAUUAUUACUACCAAGGCCUUUCUUGAAACUCCAAGAUGCACUUACAUUUGCACAACUAAAGGUAUUCCUAAUUUAAAAGAAAACUAUCUGAUAGUAUCAUAAUUAGAAUAUUUUCAGAAACAACAUUUCCAUUCUUGUUUUGCUUUCUUAGUGCCACUCAUUUGUCUCUUGUUUUCAUAUAGAAAAUUACCUAAUUUUCAAAGGCAACAUAUUUUGAUUUUUUUCAGUGCACUGGGCACAAAACAAUGCAAGAUAGAUGCUGGCAAUUUUCAGGAAACAAGCAACAAUAAUCUCCCACCUCAUAAAUAUGUUCUGAAAGUUCACAUCCUCCUACCUGUCAGCUUUCUCUAAAAGAAAUCUGGAAUCCUACAUGCCUCAGAGAGGAGAAUAAGUUCUUUAAUUGUAUGGAAUAAAUUACUGGCCCCAAACUUAAUAGUAAUGAAUUCUUAAAAAUAUAUAUGUAUACAUUGUAUAUGGCCUAAUUCCAGUGUUCAGUGCAUUUUGCUCUAAUGAUAUUCCUUUUUUAAGUGUUAAAAAAUAUCCACUAAUAUAACAUUACUGUAUUGAUGUUCAGAUUGUAAUUUUCGUUAAUGAAAAAUACAAAAGUUCAUACCCAUUCUGCCAUUGAAAUAUUACUGUGGACAUUUCUUGCCUAAUUGGGGAGCAUUUUAAAAUUGACAUAUUUUGUCUAUACAUUAGAAAUUAACUAUGCUGUAAUUUUUACUUGUAUAAAAAUGGUGGCUGGUCCCAUUGCUGAAAUAGGCUGGGUUUAAGCCAUAAAAAUAAUAAUUGCCAAGCAUAGUAGCAUAUAAGUGACGCGAUGUCUAAUUGGAAGAUUUGUAGCGGCUCAUCAAAGUAAAUUGAAAUUGGAUUGAUCAGUCUUUGAAAGUUGGAUCAUAGACUGGACAACUUAAUAUUUUGCAUAAAUUGGGAUUAUUUGAACUUUUUUGUCUGGUCUUCCAGUACCCAUUUUAACAAAUAACUGUAUUAACCUUCUUUUUCAAACAUGCUUACUAAUUUUUGUUCAACCUCAAGCCUUUCUUCAGUGAAAAAACUAUACAUAUUGCAGUGAAGCCAGAUAUCUAUUUUUUUAUGUAAACUCUGUGUGUAUUUAGAUGCAUAUGUAUGCUGUGUGUAAGUUCCAGGAUUAAAUUCUGUGAGUUACAGCAUCAGAUGGUAGCACUGGUAGAAAGUAUAAUGGGGGGGGUUCAUAUGCCAUUUUAAAAUUGUCUGUAGUACAUCACAGUAAAGCUGGGAUCAGACUGUGACACACAGUCCAGUAGUUCAAGAUCUCCCGUGACAGACUUGUCACUGAUUGUUUGGGUGGAAUGGAUUUAUGAGAGAGAGAGAAAGAGAGAAACCUGGGAAUGCACAUGACAAGCUUUAUCUGAAGCUGAGUGAUUUAAGAUAUCUCUCUCAAAGAUCAAAAAAUAACCCAAAACACUUUUAAAACAUGAUUAUUUUUACAAGGCUUUUUUAUGUAGUAGCUAUAGUUAUAUGUGUGGUUGCCAUUUAAACAUAGUAUUUUAGUCCAUUAAAUCCAAUUACAUUUUAGGCUUCUAUAUUGUCAUAUGAAAUUGUAGCUAUAGAAAUGCAUUCCUUUUUGAUCUCACCCAUCCCCAAGUAGAUUCAGUUUUGACAUGAAAAAGUAACAAAUCAGAUUUCUCAUUUGAGGUUUCUUCUGUACUGAGUAAAAUUGGAGGCAGAACUUCCAUUUCUGCAAGAAUGGGUUUGUGCUCCUGCAAAUCCAGAUGGAUGUUAUGUUCAGCACCUGUGUUUCUGAGGCAAUGGGCACCUCGAGGGCUUAUGGCUGAGCCCAGUGCUCUUGGAAUCCAACAGGAGUCUGCCUUUGAUAGUGGGCAGAGGAGGGGUGGGUUCUGCUGGCUGUGGUGUUAAACAUUUCUGGGGAGGAUUAGCCCUAGGAAAGCUGGUAUGGAAUGUGGGACUGCAGGGGCAGCCCUGACUCCUGGGCAUUGCUGAUGGGGGAUUCAGGCUGUGGAGCUGGGUCAGCACAGGGCAGCUGUGGCUUUGUCAAGAAGUGGAACUGCAUUGGGGGAGUGGGAGUGGAAGGGUUCAAGAUAAAUCCUCAUUUACACCAAGGCCCUUUAAUGUUGAUCUGGGCUCCAUGCAGGUCUGUGUUAGCAGUGCAUUAUUAAUACAAGUUAUUUCUUAUGGCCAUUUCUGUUUAUUUCACUGUGGUUUAAUAUACACAUGUGCAUAAUAAGCAGGAACUAGUUGGAGGUAUGCUAAUUCAUAGCGUAAUCAUCAGCUAUUUUUCAAAGCCUAUUGCUGUUUUCAUCAGCAAUUGUUUGAAUUUGCAAGUCAUUCAGUUGGUUAACUUCAAUGCAUACACCAUGCUUCCAUAGCACAGGAAGGAAGGAUUUCUUCCCAGUCCUUCCAGACUUCUGCAGAUGUAUCACUGGAGUGUGUCCGUUGGGACACAGCAUCUCGCCUGGUAAAUAUUUUAAAGCAGAAGUAAUUAGCCUUUAUAACUUUCUAGUUCCAAGGUCUCCCAAACCUCCACUUAUGUAGCCCAUUCACUUGUUUUUAAGACAGCAAACGUGUGAGGUUUAUUUCUAGAGCACUUGAUUCACUUUCUUUUUUGUGCUUCAGAACUGUAUCAUAAGUUUCACACUUCAGUCUUGUUUAUUCAGAAAAUAGUUAAUGUUUCUGGUCUUUGUAAGAAGUCACAAGAACAAACGGGCAAGUCCAAGAUAUAGCUGACUCAUUUGUCACUUUUGAAUUUCCUGAUUGGUGACUCUUCUCUCUCUUUCACACUGUUGAAACGUAUUGAAAACUGUUUGUAUGUAUAUGUUUCUUGUCUGCUUUUUGUCUCUAGAGGAAAGCGUGCUCUAUUCACAUUUAUAUAAGCUGGAAUGAUGUUUUACAAUCGCUGUUGAUUAUUUUCCCCCCCAAAUGCAGUAUAAGAGGAAAAUAAACAUGGCAAGAAUGAAUUUCUAGGGUUUGGUCUUCUGUAAAGGCUGAAGUAAGAAUAUGUGAAACUGCCAUUUUCCUUAUGAAAGACUGUAAAGAGAGCAUUACUUUCUGAGCGAGCUUUUCUGGGGGAAGAGGGGGAGAAAUCCUAGAAUAUGGAGUCUCAUCAGAACCCUUUUGUUAACGGGUAUUUUUAGUUUUCCUCUCAAAUGACUGAGGAAAUACCAUGUAUGAAUUUAUAAAUAAUUGCUUUCAGUUAUUUCUUUUGUAUAAGCUGCGCAAUACCCUUGCUAUGCUGUAUAAGUUGUGUUUCAUGGAACAGUGUGAGUAUGAAAUAAAAAGCUAAUUUUUGGUUUUUAA